AUGCUUGCCUCGGCACGUCGUGUUCUUGUCAAGUCGCAAGCCUUGGUAACCAGCACUCGUUUACGUUCAACCCCUUCUACUACUACUUGGACACGUACAACAGCUCACUUUACAACAACAACAACAACAACAACGACUCAUCGAGCUUCUGUUACUGGCAACAAGUCCAUUCAAUUCAGUGAGCACAUUCGACAAUUGGAUCAUUCAACACCACCAAGUCGCGAACAAGUCUUGAAGCUUUUGAGUCAAGCACGAGCAGCUCCAGAAAGGGAUAUCAACAAUGUUAUCACUUUGACCAAGUGGUUCUAUCAGCCACACAAGGGCAACUUAUCCGAUGACAUUCUCAAUGAUAUCAACAUGUGGAAGGAGGCAAUCAAGAUCGGCUAUAGUCUUACUAGCAAGGGACAUCCCAAUGUAUUAUCAAUGUUGGUCAGCGCUUUCAACAAACGAUUCCCUACCGAUCAAAUCAAGGAUAAUCAGGCACUGGAACUCUUAAUCAGAGCUUAUGGUAUCUUGGAGCGACCCAAGGCUGUAAGAGCCCUUCUUGUAAAGCAUCCUCAUCAAGAAGAAUUGCAUGCUGCUUCAUUGGUCGCCUAUGCCGAUAGUGGUGCCUAUCACCAAUUUGAUGCUCUAUUGAAGGAAACAGAACACGAAUUGUUACCAGAGCUUUACAAAAAGUUAGCAUGGCAGUUUGCACGUCGUGGUCAAGUGGGUCGAACGAGCGCCAUGUUGGAAAAGUCGAACUUAUCCGAAGAGGACCAAGGUCUCAUCCUAUUGUCAGCACACCGAUCAGCAGCCCAUAGCAUUGUACAACACCAAAUUUCAUCCCAUGGUAUCUAUGGUCAAGCCUUGAACCGCAUGGACAAGUCAAAGUUGGAUGUUGCAUCAUGGGAAAAGUUGGCACUUGGAGAGGAGAAUACUACAACGACAAUGGAUGUGGAAAAGAGUUGCUUGAUUUUGGAUUACUUGUGUACCGCCAACUUGAUCGAUAGCACUCGAUUUCCAAUGCAACGAGCUGAAGACUUUUUGAAGCGUCAAAUCGAUUCCAGGAGUCCAAAAGAAAUGGCACACAUGUAUGGCAUCUUGUUGAAUGGAUACAGCCGAACACAAGAAUAUGCGGAUCAGAGGAACAGCAAUACACGAUUGGAUAAGGCAUUGGCACUCUUUGAAGACAUGAAAGGAAUCAAGCUCGAGUAUCGACGUACAUUCCAUGCUCUGUUACGUGCAUGUAUCCCGCAUCAAGAUGAAAAAUAUCCCUUUGAUUACGUACGAUUGACAUCCGCCAUGGAGCAUACGCCACCAGCAAUGCGAUUGGAUCCACGCUUUUUCAAGAUUGAACGUAUCAUGUUGGAUUCUCAAGUGCGUUAUGACAAGCGAUCCAUCCUCACUGCAAUGACAUGUCUUGGUGCAGCCCGCCAUUAUCCUGCCAUGUGGCGUCGUUUCCAUAUGCUAAAGUUAUCGGGUGUGCGUCGUAGCCAGUCCGCUUUCCGAGUCGCAUUUGCAAUGGCAUCUAUGGACCGUGAUGCAUCACAAUAUGCCUUAUCAGUGAUCAAGGAGGAACUUGUACGUGAAAUGCCUGACAAGGUACUCAAUUUGGAUUUGUACCAGGCCAUGUUGGAUUGCUGUGUUACGGCCAAGGAUUCACGAGCCGCCAAGCAGAUCGUUGGUACCAUGGCACAACAAUAUCCAAAGAACAUCAACAACGCUGUGUCGCCAUAUGCACAAAGUGUGCUUCGUGCUGCCACGCUCUUGGAUGGAUUGGAAAAUGAAGGUGGUCAAGCAUUACAAUUACUUGCCAAUACACCCCCACCACAUAAUAAUCGUGCAUGGUUUUGGGCACUCGCAUUCAAGGCAACGCAUGGUGGUCAAGAUGCUGCUUCCCGGAUACAAGAAAUGCAACAUACCUUUACUCAAUACACCAUGCAACGUUUCGAAUCCAUUGGCAAGAUCCCCAUUCCUGUGCGUGAAUCAUCUCCCGUUGUUCCUUUCCCCUCUGGUCCUUACAGCUACCUCGACAUCCGUAUGAUCAACAUGUACGUGCACUCCUUGGUGGAUUCUCAAGAUGCCUCCCUCCUUGUCGAUGUCCUCAACACCUUCAAGUCUCAAAAGGAUGAUCGUCAACAUCUCAAUUCACACGCACAAAAUGCAGUUAGAGACCUGCUGGAGAAGGAACAAAAUGAUAAUAUCGAUGCUAUCCUCAAAGACUUGUAG